CUAUCUUAUAAAUCGCAUGCCUUCGUCUGCUCUUGAUAACAAAGUCCCUCACUCGAUCCUCUUUCCCGGUACCCCUCUUCACUCACUUCCUCCUCGGGUCUUCGGAUCUACAUGUUUUGUCCACAAUCUCACUCCUGGUCUUGACAAACUUUCAGCUCGAUCAUUAAAAUGUGUCUUUCUUGGUUAUCAUCGGUCCCAAAAAGGUUAUCGUUGUUAUUCUCCUACUCUUCGACGAUAUCUCAUAUCGGUUGAUGUCACAUUUUUUGAGUCUGUUACAUACUAUGAGUCGCUUCCUGAUCCUUUGUCUGCAACUAUUCCUCUGGACCUACCAAAGUCUAUUUCACCUUCUCUUUUACCAUUAGAGCCUAUUACGUAUGCCCCACCUGAGACACCUCCUGUGGCCCAUCCCACUGUCCCACUUGAGACUCCUCUUGUUGAUCCUCCAACUGUACAACCUCUUCAGACAUAUCGUCGUCGUCAACCACCAUCGGUUGUACAUGUCUCUACACCUGUUCAUACCGAGGUCAUUCCAGACGCUCCUUCACCGCCACCUCCUUCUUUAUCAGAUCCGACCCUUGAUAUUUUUAUUGCUAUUCGUAAAGGUAUACGUCCUACUCGUAACCCAUCCCCUCAUUACAUUGGCUUGAGUUACCAUCGUCUUUCUCCUUUGCAUUAUACUUGUUUGUCUUCCCUGUCUUCUGUUUCUAUUCCUAAAUCUCCAGGUGAAGCUUUAUCUCACCCAGAGUGGAGAUAAGCAAUGAUUGACGAGAUGUGUGCACUUCAGAGUAGUGGUACAUGAGA